UGUUAGAAUUUUUCAUUUCAGAAGUAUAGGGUAGGCUAUCAUACAGAACUUAUUAGGCUUAGUUGCUUUUCUAUUUUUACAUUGUCCAAUAUUUAAUAAAACUAUUAAGUAAAGAUUGGAAUAUACGCUGCAUAGACAUGGGGUGUGGCAUGUCAAUGGUGGCAGCUUGUUGUGGAUCAGCCGCUUGUUCUUUGUGCUGUAGUGCAUGUCCAUCAUGCAAAAAUUCAACAUCUUCACGAAUAGUUUAUGCUCUCUUCCUCUUUCUGGGAACAAUCAUAGCUUCUGUUAUGUUGGCUCCCGGCUUGGAAGACAAGUUGAAAUCGAUUCCCACGUUUUGUUCUCAUCUCGUUGACUGUGAUGUCAUUGUUGGUUACCUUGCUGUUUACAGAGUCUGUUUUGCAAUGGCUGGAUUCUUUUUAUUGAUGGCUGUUAUUAUGAUCAAAGUCGAAAGCAGCAAAGAUCCGAGAGCUAAGAUACAGAACGGAUUCUGGUUUUUCAAGUUCCUUGCAAUGGUUGGAAUUGCUGUAGGGGCAUUCUUCAUUCCACGAGGACCUUUCGGGAUUGCUUUCUAUUAUAUUGGAAUGAUCGGGGCUUUUCUGUUUAUUUUGAUUCAGCUUGUCCUCUUGGUUGAUUUCGCCCAUGGUUGGAAUGAUGCAUGGUUGGAUAAAAAAGAGAAUUCUGACUCACCGAAAUGCUGGUUUGGACUUCUGCUUGGAGCAACUUUUGUCAAUUAUGCGAUCUCACUCACUGCAGUCAUCCUCUUCUACAUUUACUAUGCACAUAGUGGAUGCGCCCUGAAUCAAUUUUUUGUGAGCUUCAACAUGAUAUUGUGCAUCAUUGUCUCGGCCUUUUCCAUCACAUCUCGUGUUCAAGAUGAACAACCAAGGAGUGGACUUCUGCAGUCAUCUGUUGUGACCAUGUAUACAAUGUAUCUUACUUGGUCUGCAAUGACAAACGAACCUGAUCCAACCUGCAAUCCCAGUCUGCUGACUAUUGUACAGGAAAUCACUCAUCCUGGAGAUAUUGCCCCAUCAGCAGGGAAUGUAACAACACCAGUUCCUACCAAACACGAAAAACAGCUGUGGGAUGCUCAGAGUAUACUUGGAAUUGUUGUCUUUGUCUGUGUCAUUUAUUCAAGCAUUCGAAGUUCAAGUCAAAACAAUGUGGAUCGAUUAACUUUGACUGAACAUGUUGUUCUUGAUGAAGAAUCAAGUGGACAAGAUGCAGAGUCUUGCUGACAAGAAAGAUGCCGAAUCUAAGGUUCAUGACAAUGAACAAGGAGGUGUUGCAUACUCCUAUUUCUUCUUUCACUUCAUGUUCUUCUUGGCAUCCCUAUAUAUCAUGAUGACUUUGACCAAUUGGUACCGUCCUGAUGAAACCUUUGAAAAGAUGCAAACGCAAUGGCCUGCUGUGUGGGUGAAAAUAGUCUCGAGCUGGUUGUGCAUUGGACUAUAUAUCUGGACCCUCGUUGCUCCUAUCUUUUUGACAAAUCGUGACUUCGACUAAUACCAUUAUAUACUCUUUCUAGUUUUACAAGUCUGAAGUUUAUAUUUUGUUGUUACCUUUUUCAUCUUUACCAAAGUAUAGAACAGUAUAAAUGUUUUUCACCAGAUACCUACCUAACUUGUUUUAACACUAUACAUAUUACAGAAAGCAUCUAGAAUCACUGGAUUUACCACUUCACCACUUUUUAAAUAUAACACAUUAUGUUCCUUCGUGGAGGAUAAGUAAUAGAUGAUUGGCUAGUUUUGGGCAAUUUUAAAUUUUUGAUAAUUAAUAUUACUAUACUGUGAAUAUUCCAUUGCUUUACUGUAUUAUGGUUAAUUACCGAAAAACUUUAUAGAAUACCUGGGUAAAUUUCAGACUAGUAAAACUGGAAAUCUUUGUCUUGGAAGUACAAGAUUUGUAAAUAUAUUCUUUUUAUCUACAAAAAUUAAAAGUAUUAUUAUGCACCCAGUCUGAAAAUGUUUAAUUGUAGGAUCUGAAUACGUUUGAAAGAGCCUUUGAAAUUUACAUUGAAUUUCUAAUUUUUCCAAAUCAAUUUUGGGUUAUCUGUUUCGGAAUUCAGUCAGAAUUAAUUUCAUUCUUUGCGACAUAACAUUAAUAACAACGUCCUUAUCAUCUGUUUAGAACCUGAUUUUCCGACUGGGUUUCAAUAUUCUUAUGCUGAAGAGUUAAACUUCGAUCCAAAUCAUUGCUUGAUUGGGAAUGUGUUGUUGAUUGUCUGUGAUAAACUUUUAAGGAUGCCUAUCCUGAUUGACCAUCGAUUUGACAAGUUGACUUCGCUUUAUUGAAAUUUUUUUUAAAAGUGAAGUCUGUGGAUUUUUCUGUCUUUGUAUGUAAAGUAUUGUCAAACGCGUGAAUAAAUAUAUCUACACAACUUCG